AAGUAAAACAUCUACAACCUGUUUACCGUUUCGGUGCAACAUCUAGUCGUGCAUUAGCGAAAUACAAAGUAAAAUCAAAAAAAUUACAUCCUAACACCUCACUCGCAUUAAGGGAAAUGUUUUAAGUGCUAGACUAGGGUAAUGGAAAUGAAGUGCAAUACGAAUACCACCUAAAAAAAAUAGCUAAAUUUCAUCUCUGCAUUUUCAACUCCAAAUGUUGUGAUUUUGAUUUACUAAAAAACGAAAACAAAAAAUAAAUCGAAACGGUGAUUUGUGCUUAAUACAACAAAAAAAGCCCCAACGGAAAAACGACAAGUUGCGAGUGUAAAUCGAACGAGCGCGAUAGAAUGUAGAGCGAGAACGAUUCUUACCCUGCAGCGUACCAACGAAGAAAACGCAACCAUUUUCUUGCGCAGCAUUUUGAUCUUUUGCAAGCAAAUCUUCAUCUUCACCCUCGACUGCGCGCCCUUCGACGACAGGCGGGGUGGGGCGGGACGGGGGAGGGCAAGAAGUUGAGAUGCAAAUCGGCUUCAACACAACACCGGCCUGUAUAGGUAUACCACUACCAACGAGAAAAACGGAACGAAUUGGAACUCGCCUCCGUACAACGCACACCAUCACAACCGCUCGCAGUUCUUCAAAGAAUGCUUGGUGUGGCAUUGCGAGAAUUACUGCGCGAUGUUUUAAGGCGUCGAUAAAGUUGUGCUAAAACCUGAGCAUUUUAUAUUUGUUUGCUUUGCUCAACGUUAUUUGAAACAAAAGAAUGUCCUUUCGGUAAGACAUUACGCUAGCAACUCAACGAAUGUAGGCAAAACAGAAAAAGAUUGUGGGCAAAAAAGUAACAACCGAACACCCAUCGGACUGUCUUCACACUUGAGGCAAGUUCGGAAAACUCACACAUACAAACCCGUUUGCUGAAGGCGUACCGUUUGCUCUUGAGAAAAAGCGCAGAGAUGUACGCAAAGAAAACGGUAUGAAAGCAGACCGGUUAGUGAACACAACAGCAACAAAAAAUUUCCUCCCAAAUAAUCGAUAACGGCUCAAAAGGAAACAUAUUUUGGAUCCGGAACGUUUUCCUAAAUAUUCAUUAACAAUUGGACUGGAACUACCCCGUGCAACGAAUAGAAAUAAAACAGCAAAAUGAAAGAAGCUCCAAUGAUCGACGCAUUCGAUACGGCGGAUUUUAAUCCGGAACUGAUCCUGUCCAGUGUGUUUCUGGAUCAUGGACUAGAUUUCGUUACCAACAUCGACGAUCUUGGUGACAAUAUCAUUGCUUCCGAUCUGCUGCAGCAGUUGGGCAGUUCGGUAUUCUACACAGAGUCGCCUAUUGCAACGAAUGUCAACGGUGGUGGAAGUGUUGGACUCUGUACCACCACUACACAGCACCAUGCCCAAAAUCAAUUACCACCACAACAACAACAACAGCAGCAGCAGCAGCAUCAUCAACAACAGAUUUUAUCGCAACCAUCACCAGCUCUUCUAUCGGCCAAAGCGCGUAUGACAAUUGAGAAACCCACCGACGAGAUGCGCUACGACACAUUCGGAAGUGAUUAUGCAAAGCCACAACUUGUGCCGGCUGUGCCACUUCCGAUGCCGAUGGUGCAACAAAUUCAACAGCAGCAGCAGCAGCAACAACAAACAGCACCGGUGGCUACACAGCAACAACAACCGUGCAAAUGCGAAUUCUGCGAGUAUCUGCAAGCCAACCGGAUAUCGCUUACCGGCGAUCACUCGUUUCAGUGCGAGUUCUGUGGAGAAGGCUUCUCCAAUCAGACCAGCUUCAAUCGGCAUCGGUGUGGUAGUACGGAUAUACAGAUAUACCGGUGUGAAAACUGUCGUCAGGAGUAUGGCAGCUCCCGUGCCGUUUCUAGCAUUGGUAAUUGUGAGCCAAGGGAUAAAUGCGAUAUCUGCAAUCGGAACAUUGUACAAUCGUUGCCAGAAGAACAGGCCGCCUACGGGCCUGCAAUGGUAGCGGGCAGUUCUUCGAUAUCCUCACAAACUACACCGGCAUCGAUGUCGGAUGUAACGAUCGAUGGAACGGUUUCCCUGCUUGUUACUUCUCCAGAGGUGUCAAACGAAAGCGUCAGUGAUCUCAGCGUUAACGUCCACGUAAGAUCUAUAGUGAACAGUCCCAUCGAGCAGCACGAUCUGAGUAGCAUUGAUCCGUUCGGAUCAGACAGUGAAUGUUUAGGUCAGUUCUUUACUACCGAAGCGUCCUCAACUUCACCCUGUACGGCAAAUACUACCAACAACAUACAGUGUACACCAAUGCCAACGAGUGCCAACAUCGGGAGUCUUCUUCCAGCCACUACGCUGAACCAUCCAGAGUCGGCGAAGACAUACUUUGUGCUAGGAAACGUGGAACAACUGCAACAAUUCCAUGCAGCAGCAGCAGCAGCAGCAGCGUCAUCAGCAACGGCACAACAACAGCAACCCACUAACAAUCUUCCAACACUUCCGAAUAGCUUCCAUCCGCUUCAUCUGCCACCUCCAGGACCUGGAGCUCAUCAGCAACAGCAGCAACAGCUACCUCUCUCACUGCAGCACACUGUACCGGUUACGACCGCGUCACAUCUGCCCAGUGAGCACGAGGUCACUAGUCUGCAGCAGUACGAUCAGUACGAUGAUGAGGACUACUCGUCCAUGUCCGAAGAUGAAGCUAUUGUUCCAAUAGUAAAUAUAUUGCGCUCUCGUUCGCGACAGUUGCUAAUUGGUGUCUUUCAAUUACAGGAACCCUAUGCCAAAUCACCUAAUCAGGAUCACGCCAAGACGGAACUUCCAAUACAGGAGACAAUCGUUGACACGAGCACCGGCAUCAGUACGGUCAUUCCGUUGCCGCCGUUCGGUUCUGGAGGAUUGCCAAGAGAUGAUGCUUCACUCAGCCGAGCACUGUUGGUGGCGCAUGUCGGUGGUCAGCAUCUGCAGCUGCAGCAACAAUCACAACAACAGCAACACCAUCAUCUCCACUCGUCCAGUGUAUCACAGCUUAAGCCACAUCUGGAUGACGACGAAGAAGGCAAAUGUGACUCCUCAUCUCCAUCCCUUGGUAUAUUCAUCAACAGGUCCUCUGGAGUCUCGGAGAAUGGAGUAGAGAAAGGGUCACAAAAAGCGCAGUCCUCCCUUGCAACCGGUUCCAAUGUGGAUCGGCCGUACAAGUGUCACAUCUGCGAACGUUCGUACCGCAAUCAGAAGAAUCUGAAAUCACAUCUUAAAGUGCACGAAGGCAUUCGGGCGUAUCAAUGUGAGAUUUGUGGUAAGAAUUUCUCCGGCUCGAGCUACCUGGUGAUCCACCGACGGCGUCACACCGGUGAGCGACCAUUUAAAUGUGUCACCUGCGGCAAAGCGUUUGUGGACUCGCGUGCACUAGCGGUGCACGCGCGCUUACACAGCGGCGAACGGCUCAAGUGUGAAAAGUGUGAGAAAACUUUCUCCAGCGUGAGUGCCCUAACCGUGCACAACCGGCUGCACACCGGCAUCCACCCGUACAAAUGCGAACUGUGCGGUAAAACGUUUCCGCAGUACAACAACCUGAAGCACCACAUGAAAAAGCACGAGCAACCGAAUGGUGCGGAAAAUCAGUCACAAGUUUCAGCGACGAACUCCCCAUGUGCGCCGGCAAUGUCGAACGGGGUAAGCACAACGAGCGGUUCCGGCACUGUGUCGGGCCGGUUACGAUCGCCGCCCGAAACGAAACUUCACGGUGCCGCACAUAUGGUGGCAAGUUCGACCACCGGAUCACCGUUCGAGUACAAAUGCCACAUCUGCAGCAAGCUGUACAAAUCCGCUGACGAUCUGCAGGAGCAUCUGUCCCAGCACGGCAAAGAUCGUCCGAAUCAGUGCGAGUUUUGUUCGAAGGUGUUUCCCCGCUCGUCCCAUCUCAUCAUUCACCGGCGGCGGCAUACGGGCGAGCGACCCUUCAAAUGCAAAUACUGCGACAAAGCGUUCGUCGACUCGCGGGCGCUCUCCGUCCACACGCGGCUCCACACGGGCGAACGGGUAAAGUGUGAGAUCUGCGAGAAAACGUUCGCCAGUUCCAGCGGGCUCAUAGUGCACCGGCGCAUACACACCGGGGUGCAUCCGUACAAGUGUGACUACUGUGACAAGUCUUUCGCCCAAUCGACGGCACUCAAGUAUCAUCUGAAAAAGCAUGAUACAGCGCUGCUACCCACCACGACGACGCCGGAAAGUGUCGACUCACGGCUUUCAACGCGACCCCAGCACGGUACGGCCGAUCUAGGCCAGUGUUCCGCGUACGGCGAUGAUCCACCGGUGGACGGGAACGAUCGGUACAAGUGCACCGUCUGCAGCAAGGUGUUCCGUUCGUCCGAGUACCUGGUGCGUCAUCGGCGGACGCACAGCGGGGAACGCCCGUACCAGUGUGAGAUUUGUGGCAAAAACUUCUCCACCAUGAGUUACCUGGUGAUCCACCGGCGCCGGCACACGUCCGAACGGCCGUACAAGUGUACUUCCUGCGAGAAAGCAUUCGUCGAUUCGCGCGCACUGCAGGAACACGCCCGGCUACAUACGGGCGAUCGGGUCCGGUGCGAGAUUUGCCAAAAGACCUACUCGAGCGUUAGCAACCUGAUCGUGCACCGGCGCAUCCACAGCGGCAUCCAUCCGUUCGAGUGUGACAGCUGCGGGAAAUCGUUUGCCCAAAAAAAUGCCCUCAAGUAUCACCUCAAGAAGCACAGCAAACAGGAUCAAACAGAGCCAAUCGGUUAGUUCGCGAGGUUGAGAUCUCGUUCCGGUCGAAAACAGUUUCCUUCUGUUUCCACUUACUUUCACGUAGCAGCGAGACGCUGCUGGACGCUGGAAUGUCCAUUCUUACUUAUUUCUCCAAUAUAUUUCUUUAUCACGGCAUUAAGCGAUGUCGUUUGCAUGUCCACAGAGUGCAUGAGUGAAUUCGAUGUACAUCCAAACCAUUUACACAAAGAAACACACAAACAACCCUCAAUACACUACUUCUUCCACAAUUAAAUAAUAGUCACUCAAUACCCUUCAAUCAUUUCACUCCGCCGGUUCUGGUGUUACGUUACGUAGUCGAGUAGUGUGUUAGUAUUGAGGAGCAAAAAAGUAUUGUGUUAGUAUUGAGGAGCAAAAAAACAACUCUUUAACCAGUCAGUUUCUGGCGAUUCGGUUACAACGAAAAAUGUAUAAUUUAGGUAAACGGUUUUAGGGUUGUAAAAUUUAUAUUUUGGAAUAUUUGAAUUUUUUUCAAGUAUCAAAAUAACAAAAAAAAACAAAAAUAAACGACACACUAUCACACAACUCCCUUGCAGCGUUACACCACAAAAAACCAUCAUCAACAUAACAAGCAUCAAUAGCCAUAAGCCAACUACAACUUCAAUACAGAAUAUAUAAAUAUAGAAACAGAAUCAUUGUAAUGUAAUAGUACCGUGUGCAAAUAAUUCCAAGUUUGUAACUUCAACAACCCUCCAACAACAACAACAACAGCAACAUCAACAUGUUCAUCAUAACAAAAAAAACCAACCACAUUUGAUCACCAUACUAUAAUAGCGUACCAAUAGGCGUACAUGCGCAGCAUAAACCAGACCAUCACACCCCAGAAAAAAACAAAACACAACACAGCAUCAGUGAAAUAUAUUACAAUCUCCGUAAGCAAAAAAGAAAAUUCAUACCAGACAGGAAAAACCUCCCCCGGGAUCGAUCCAUACAAAUACAGUUAAAUGUUCGUCAUCACGCCAUGUCUCUGAGUAGGUGCCCGGUUAAGAACGGUAGGCGUUUACCAAAUAUUGUGGAAAUUUUAUUUUUAUCUUUUACUUUGAAAUCAAAAAAACAAAAAAUAAACAAAAGAAAACUCUUUUACUCACUAAAACAACUACAAUUUGGCUCCAAUGAAAGUGAUAGGAGAAAAAAAGAUUUAAUAACGAAAAAGAAAACUAGUGUUUUGUACAGAAAAAUGAAAACAAAAUAAAACGAAAGCCGAAUAGAAAAAUAGGACGAGAAGAUUUAAGACAUACAUGUGCAAAAGAAAAAUCGUUUUUUUAAACAACAACAAAAACUGAUGUGCAAAAAUCGAAAAUAGGUGCGUUUAUGUUGAUAUUUUCCCGCGAAGAAAACAAAAAAAAACAUCAGACAAGAAGGAUAAGACGAAUUUCUUCACGAUGUGCAUGUGUCCUUCCCAAAAGAAGAAAAGAAGGAAAGGGAAUGUGUAGCAAAAAGUAUGGCAUAUAAUAAAAAAACAAACCCAAAAACAAAUGCAAAUGAAAAACUUGUUUCUGUUGUGCUUUAUGUACAUCAUCCAUUAAAGCGGAAAUUCCACCUGUGAUAAAUCAGUGGCUCUUUAGUUUAGUAAAGACAACUAACGGACGCCAUUCGCUUGAAGUGAACGAAGCGUUAAAGCAUCUGCCCAACACCUGU